AUGUCGAAGUCAGAAUCGGCCUCUGAAUAUGAGAUUCAGUACCGGUCGACGAUCCAACCGAGGACUGCCGUCAGAUCGCAGUCCCGGCAGAGUGGGAACUACGUCUCCGGCGGAGCCGGUGGCGGCGGCGGUGGUAAUUCUUUUGAUCGAACUAAACGUCAUUCUUCUUUUAAAAAUUUUUCUCCGGAAGGAAUGUCGAUGAAUGCUCUUCCGUGGGGUGUGGCCCAAGUGGAUUGUCCUCGUCCUUAA